UGCUCACCACUAAUGCUGCUCAUGUCACAUUGGCGACAGGAAGACUGCGUCGCAGUAGCUACAAACGUUGUCAACAAAUAUGCCAGAUCUACCACACCGUGUAAGAUCUGUCUGCUGAUGAAUUAAGCUUGAUUGCGCCUGCAAUUGUCCUUGUUUGUGCCUGUGUCAACUAUGGAGACAACUCAAGUGACUUUGGCAGUUAGGGGAGACACAUCCCCAGGUGAGGUGAUAGCUGUGGUUGGUAGCUGUGAAGCUUUAGGAGGCUGGUGCCAUCAAAGAGCUGUGACCCUACAACCGGCUGAACACGAUGGGACAUUGUGGAAGAGGACCGUCAGUGUGCCCAGAGGUGCUGUGCCAACCUAUCGUUACUUCAAAGGCCACUUCCUGGAGUCAAAGAGUGCAGGUGGUCCCUGUCAGGUGAUAGUCACUAAGUGGGAAACCCAUCAGCAGCCACGUCUGAUGAGCCCCACAGAAUCACACCUUGAUAUUGACGAUGGCCAAUUUGGAUUCCACAACGGCUCAGCGUGUAUAGACUCUGGGUGGCUGACGUGCCAGACAGAGAUCCGUCUGCGUCUGCACUACUCCAAGACGUCUCCCGUCUCCAUCACCAAGAAGAAAUACAAGAAGUCUCGCUUCAGGAUCAAGCUGACGCUUGAGGGUGUGGAGGAGGAUGAUGAAGAUGACGAGCCGGAGCUGAGCGCCGCGUCGUGGCACAAGAUGACCACCACGCUGGAGACCAGUAUGAUCAGUGGAGAUGGGUACAAGUCCCGCCACUCCCAGCCCGAGUGUGGCUACGCCCUGGAGGCCUCACAGUGGACAGAGUACGUCAUCCACACCAUGGACCCCGACAACCUGGAACUCACCUUCGACUUCUUUGAGGAAGACAUGGGUGAGCACGUGAUGCCAGGGGAUGCCCACCCAGGGACGGCGGGUACGGCCUGCCUCCUCUCCUCAUUCUUCGUGGAGAGUGGCAAGGACACGGGUGUGGUCACUCUGCCCAUCAUGAAACGCAACUCCAGACAGACCCUGGGCAAAGUCAGAGUGGACUACCUGGUGAUCCGUCCUAUCGAGGGACUGCAGUGUGACAUGAGCUCCUCCUUCACCAAGUACUGGAGGAAGAGGAGUGCCCCCCUGGACGUAGGCCACAGAGGGGCCGGCAGCACACACGCAGCCAAACAUACCAAAGUCAGGGAGAACACCAUUGCUUCGUUCAAAAGUGCUGCCAAUCAUGGGGCUGCCUAUGUGGAGUUUGACGUCCAUCUCUCCAAGGACUGUGUCCCUAUCGUGUACCACGAUCUCACCUGUUGCAUCUCCACGAAGAAGAAAGGAGACAAGCACUCUCUGGAGCGGUUUGAAGUUCCGGUGAAAGAUCUCACGUACGACCAGCUACAGCAGCUCAAGCUGGGCCAUGCUUCUGCCUUGAAGGUGAACGACCACAAAGAUGACGACGACGAGGAAGAGGUUGACGAACACCAGCCCUUCCCUUCAUUCUCACAGAUCUUCCAUGCGGUGCCUGAAAAUGUGGGCUUCAACAUCGAGCUCAAGUGGAUUUGUCAGAUGAAGGAUGGUUCGUGGGAAGGAAACCUGUCUUCCUACUUCAACAUGAACCUGUUCCUGGACAUCAUACUGAGCUGUGUGCUGCAGAGAGCCGGCAAGAGACGCAUCGUCUUCUCCUGCUUCGACCCUGACGUCUGCACUAUGGUUCGUCAGAAGCAGAACAAGUACCCUAUCUUGUUCCUGACCCAGGGCAUCUCUGAGACCUAUCCUGAGCUCAUGGACAUCCGCUGUCGGACCACACAGAUCGCCAUGAGCUUUGCGCAGAGCGAAAACAUCCUGGGUAUCAGUGCCCACACAGAGGAGCUGCUUCAGAACCUGGAGCACAUCCGAGAGGCCCAAUCUAAAGGCCUGGUGGUGUUCUGCUGGGGAGACCUCAACAACGACCACGACAACAGGACCAAGCUAAGGGAGCAGGGCAUCGACGGACUCAUCUAUGACAGGAUCUGUGACGACCAGGUUGAGCAGGCCGACAUCUUCAAAGUAGAGGAGAAGCACACUCUGCAGGAGACUCUCAAGAGCUUUGUGUGCUCCUGUUACUCCAUCCCCUGCCAGGCGCCUGUCUGCGUGACCGCCGCCAAAGUUCACAACGGCAGCGCCGAGUCCGACUCGGGCCUCAGCUCUUCCUGAGCAACUGUCUGCCUCCGAAGGUUGUCUCUAGAUAAGCCUGCUAGACAGGACAGAAGCGGCAAUGAAUAUAGGCAGAAUUUAUGAGCGAGUGUACACCCUUUUUAAAUGUAUUUUUUUGAGUUACAUAGGAGCUACACUAGACGCUGAUGGAAAAACAGUCAGUUUUUACCUCCUACACCGGUAGAGUAACUUAUUGCCAACGUGAGCCACUUUAUCCUAAUGCAGCUCACACUGGAGAUACAAUCUUCAAAAUGGAACCAAGUCUCUCUCAAAGCUCCUGUCCUUAUGCCUAGUUUAAAUUAGAAGCGUCUCACGUUCUGCAAGCAUUACUCGUUACAUUAGGGAUUAGGUUUUGUGAUUGGAAUCAAAUUGGUGAUUUAAAAAGCUCUUCUGUCCUUUUUGUAGCAUGGCCAGAUAAUGACAACCCCUUCCUGAACUGACGUCCACUGAAGCAAUAUUCAAGCUGUGUCCAGAUGUGUUCUCGCAGCUGUUUGUUUUAACUAAGGAGGAGGGUGUUUUGCCAAAAAAUGGCAUCUGGUGUUUGUUAUUAGGACUUCAGUUGAAUGACUGUGGGAUAUGCACCUCAGUUGCAAUUUUAUAAAGGAAUUCACAUUCGCAUGUCUUCACUUAGAAAUGAAUGCCUACUCAAGGAAUUUAUAUUGAGGUUUAUAUUUUAUUAUGCCGAUUUGCUAAAUACAAAUCGAAGGUAAAAUAUACUGUAUAUUAGCUUUUCCAGAUUGAGCUUUUCUUAUUGGGGACAUCUCUGUACACGUAUUACAGUUCAUGACUGAUAACAGACCACAGUUUGUCUUCAGCUUGCUGGUUUAAUUGAAGUAAUAUGUAGUUUUAUGCGGAUAAUGAUUUGAAACACUAGAUUCUUUCUUUUUUGCAUCUGCAUUAUGGUUGUCCGCAUAUGAAAUAAGCCAGCAUUUUACAGUGUUAUUUUUGUUACAUUACUAAUCUAAUUUUGAAUGGCAGUGGCUACAAUUCACAAUAGAUUUUCAAUAGAACAAGAUAAUUUGGGACAGUGACCAAAACUCUCUCGCUCAGGUGAUUUUUAUUUUAUUUUGAUGUGCAUUUUAUUUUUUCUUCAAUGGUGCAUUUGAACUCGAACUCGUGCAAACUGAUUUUGUAUUAGGACUGCCCUGAGCUAUGCCAUUAAUGACGUGUCAUUUUAUUGGAUGACCAGAUAAUGAAGUGUUGCUAUGGGUGCCUAAAUCUGAACAGAUUCAUUUAAUAUUGCUUUAAUGACCUGUUUAAAGCAUCACUUUUAAAAUGUAUGGGUGGGUUGUGAGCUGAAUGUUCACCAUUAGGGAGGGGUAUAUAGGUAACACUUUGUACUGGCUAGAUCUAAUCCACAUAAUAACUCACUCCCUAGCUAAUUUGAGUAACGGUGCUUGCACAACACAUCAGAAAGCCUUGAUGGGGAAGUUGUAUGAAUGAACUAGUCUGACUGUUUGAAUCUCUUCACACCUCACUCUGCCUAAUGCAAUAGAAGACCAAGAUUGUUUCACAUGGCACAGUUUCCCUGCUACGUUGCAACUCAUUUUUUCCUACCGGAUGUGUUUUGUUUGUACAGUUUAUUUUUUUGUUUCAAUGCACAUUGAAGAUGUAAUGGUGUACCAUGGAAAAUCCCUGGAAAACAUAGACGCAAGCACUGUCUGAGUUCGUUAAGUAAAAUAAAUAACUUUUGAGACUCUUACCCCUACCUAGGUGUAUGGAGUCGUCAUGCAUGCCCUUCAGAGUGCUAUGGGUGACUGGAAUUGAGGGUCACUCAUGUCACACCCUUGAUACUGUGUCAGGACAAUACAAUGCUAGCUAACUGAGAUGACAUGAAUAAAAUGAUUUAAAAAUGUA